AUGAAAGCACCCGACUCUUUCCGGAACCCUUGUUUCUGGUGCGACUUCCACCGAGACCACGGUCACAAAACGGAGGACUGCAUCGCACUAAAGAUCGAGGUCAAUGAGCUUCUUAAGAAAGGACACCUCAGGGAGUUCCUUUCCGAGAAGGCCAAGAGCCACCUAAGCAAGGAGACAACGGGAAAGGCCACUAAAGCUGCUCCCGUCUCGCCACCUCGGCAGGACCGAGUGAUUCAUGUCAUAUCAGGCGGUUCGAAGAUCAGCGGCAUAAGCCACGCAGACACGAAGAAAAGCACCAAGAAUGCCAAGCACGGCCUAGAGGCAGCCAAGCCAAAACGCCUACUCCUAGGUACAGACGAAAUAAGUUUCACAGCCAAGGAGCAGGAGAAAGUUCUCACCCUGCAUCACGACGCCCUGGUCAUUUCGCUCAAUGUAGCGAAUUGCCUGGUGAAAAGGAUACUGGUAGAUAAUGGAAGCUCCGACAACAGCAUCUUCCAGGCCGCGUACAAGGAUCUGGGGCUGGAGGAAAGCGCUCUAACUCGAAUGAUAACCUCGCUUAUAGAGGGUUCAGCGGAGAAGUCAAACAAACAGCCGGAGAGGUGA